GCUGCUGUCAUGUGACCUGCUUUAAUUCUUCAUUAUCGGCAGCUGCUGUCACAUCAUCUCCGCACCUGAACGAGAAAUCAGGCGGACGGACGGACGGACGGACGAGAUGCAGGUGGUGGUGUUGUGUUGCUUCCUGUUCUCUCUGCUGGGUGGUGAUGAUGCUGCUCCGGCUGCAGACGAGGUGAAAUACCUGCCCGGUCUGCAGAAACAGCCGAGCUUCAAACAGUAUUCUGGAUACCUGAGUGUGGCCGAUGGGAAACACCUGCACUACUGGUUCGUGGAGUCCCAGAAUAAGCCGCCCUCUGACCCGAUGGUGUUGUGGUUGAAUGGCGGCCCCGGCUGCAGCUCUCUGGACGGACUGCUGACAGAACAUGGACCCUUCCUGGUCCAGGAUGACGGAGCAACACUACAGUACAACCAGUACUCCUGGAACAAGAUUGCCAACGUGUUGUACCUGGAGUCUCCAGCAGGGGUCGGCUUCUCGUACGCUGACGAUAAGAACUACGUCACCAACGACACGGAGGUAUCGAUGAACAACUACUUGGCUCUGAAGGAGUUCUUCCGUCUGUUUCCAGAGUAUAGCAAGAACGAACUUUUCCUCACCGGUGAGAGUUACGGAGGAAUCUACAUCCCGACGCUCGCCGAGAGGGUGAUGGAGGACGCCAGUCUAAACCUGCAGGGCGUUGCCGUGGGAAAUGGGAUGUCAAGUUACGAGAUGAACGAUAACUCUCUGGUGUACUUCGCCUACUACCACGGCCUGCUGGGAAGUCGACUGUGGACGGAGCUGCAGACCUUCUGCUGCAGCGACGGGAAGUGCAACUUCUACAACAACCCGAAGGAGAACUGCUCCGCCAGCCUCGCUGAGGUUCAGGACAUCGUCUACGCUUCGGGACUGAACAUUUACAACCUGUACUCUCCUUGUCCAGGUGGAGUCCAUCAGAGAUUCGGUAUUGAACGAGGUGAGCUGGUGAUCAGAGAUCUGGGGAACUCGUUCAUCAACCAUCAGUGGACGCAGCUGUGGAACCAGAAGUUGCGAGGUCUGGCGUCUCUACACCUGUCCGUCCGUCUGGACCCCCCCUGCACUAACUCCACCCCCUCCACACUCUACCUGAACAACAAGUACGUCAAAGCUGCUCUGCACAUCAGCCCCAAAGCCCUGGACUGGGUCAUCUGCAGCUCUGAGGUGAAUCUGAAUUACGGUCGUGUCUACCUGGACGUGAGGAAACAGUACCUGAAGCUGCUCAGCGCUCUGAAGUACCGGGUCCUGGUGUAUAAUGGGGACGUGGACAUGGCCUGUAACUUCAUGGGGGACGAGUGGUUCGUCGAGUCUCUGAACCAGCAGGUGGAGGUCCUGAGACGUCCAUGGCUCUACAACGACGAGGACGGUCAGCAGAUCGGCGGCUUCGUCAAAGAGUUUGACAACAUGGCCUUCCUCACUGUGAAGGGUUCUGGUCACAUGGUUCCAUCAGAUAAACCAAUCGCUGCCUUCGCCAUGUUCACCAGGUUCAUUAAGAGACAACCCUACUGACCCCUGACCUUCUGCUCUGUUUCAACUCUUCAUGCUGCCGCACUUUGAUUUGAUUUGUUUCUUUUUCUCACUGCCAGACAAAUCGUCAAAGCCCUGGUAACCUGAUUAUUGUUGCAGGAAAUAAUAAUGAAAAAAGCCUCAACCUCUCAUAACUGAUUGGUGACACGUUGCAAUGGAAACAAGCACUGCAGUCUGCACUCAUGUUUUUUUUGAAUGAAGCUUCUUUUGCUGGAUUUUAUUUUUUUUAUAAAUGGUGAUGACGAGGGAAGAAAAUAAAGUUUUAUCUUUAACUGUCAC